AUGGAGGUCUGUCUGGAGAAUUUUACAGCCGCUGAUUUCCAACCGCCCAUUGAAGGUCGCCACUUCAUCCAGGAUUGUUGGAACGCCCUACUAGAUUCCAUAGGUGACGACCCGGAGUUUCUCUACGUUUGGGCCCUCCCACUUUGGACCAAUGCCUUCUACUGGAUGUUUGGAUCUUUAUUUUUGAUAGUCGACCUUACUGGAAAGCCAAACUUUUUGCGAAAGUACAAAACCCAACCUGGAAAAAAUGAACCUCUGGACAAAGCUGAAAUGGUCAGAGUGUUUCUGUGGAUUCUGUUCAAUCAGUUCGUCGUACAGCUUCCGAUAGCUUAUAUCGGCUACCAGUUGGCUGAUAAGACCAAUGCACCGAAUAUGAGAAUCCUCCCUAGCGGGUGGGUUGUUCUUCGGGAUAUUUGUAUCGGAACUUUCUUCGUUGAAGUCGGUGUCUAUUACGUGCAUCGGUGCAUGCACAAGAAGCCAUUCUAUCGGUUGUUUCACAGAAUGCAUCACGAGGAAACGGCUCCGUACGCGCUCUACUCACUGUAUUGCCAUCCGCUGGAGCACCUGUUGAACAACAUUAUUCCCUCCAGUCUGGGGAUCAUCCUGAUGAAAAGCCAUCCGGCCACCGCAGCCAUUCACUACCCGCUGAUGCUGAUCGAAACGAUGCGAGAUCACUGCGGAUACCAUCUGCCGUUCUUCUUUAGCCCGGAACGACACGAUUAUCAUCAUGCCAAAUACACCGACUGUUAUGGACCCUUCGGUAUCAUGGAUUGGCUGCACGGUACUGAGGGAAGCUUCCGUAAAACGAAACAGUUUCAGCGGGACCGAAUUCUGCUGACAACGAGGUCGGCACGGGAAAUUUUUCCGGAUCAUAAGAAUCAAUAA